AUGGCGGAUGACCUCUCGUUGUUUUUUCUACCCGAUAGUAGCGACGAAUCAUCCAAUAGUAGCAUUCUUUUUUUCCAAAAUCUUAUCGAAGAAGCUGAACUUCAAGACACAGGCACAUCUAACCGAAGGAGAUAUAUUGAAUGUCAACGUGAGGUUGGGCAUGAGACUCUCAUGGCGGAUUAUUUUGUCGAAGACCCGAAAUGCAACGAAGAUAUUUUUCGGCAUAGGUUCCGUAUGUCGAAACGUUUGUUUCUAAAAAUUGUGAGCGACGUGGAAGCGAACGACUCGUGGUUUCAAGAGGCCAUCGAUGCGCGAAGUAGGAAAGGCUUUACGCCGUUGCAAAAGGUUACAUGGGCUAUUAAACAGCUCGCAACUGGUAGCACUCCAGACGAGAACGACGAGUACUUGCAUAUGGCCGAAAGAACUUCACGCGAAUGCCUAGAAUAUUUUUGCGACACGGUUUGCAAAAUAUACGCUCCGGAGUUCUUACGUAGACCGACAAGCCACGACAUGACACUUUUAUACGAAGCUCAUGAGGAAAAACAUCACCUUCCACGUAUGUUCGGUAGCCUUGAUUGCACCCAUUUCGUUUGGCGAAUGUGUCCCACAGAGUAUCGAGGUCAGUAUAUGCGAGGAGAUCACCGAUACCCGAUUGUUAUGCUCGAAUCGGUUGCAUCUCAAGAUUUAUGGCUUUGGCAUGCUUUUUGCGGUCCACCAGGUUCACAAAACGAUAUUAAUGUGCUACAACAAUCUCCGUUAUUUUUAACGGAACGAAAUGGAACCGCGCCUAAAUGUCUAGUUUACGUUAACAACCAUUUAUACAAACGUGGUUAUUUGCUCGUUUCAUAUUCAAAGUAUUAUCCACCAUUAUGGCAAGUUGAAUGUUUAGAAUGA